AGAAGAAGGAGGCGCUCAUCAAAACAAAGAGGAGUAUCAUUACGUUUCGUACAGAGAAACAAAGAAAGAAAGAAAAAGGCUUGAUGGAUGCUGGAGAGAUGAUUUAAAGUCCAACAACACAACUACACAACUACACAACAACACAACCCUGGUGAGUGAUCCCUGGUGUUUCUGAGGGUCAGUCCUGACCCAGGUCACAGGGACCUCCUGCAGCAUGGCGGAGCUGCUGGGACAAAGGAGCUUGUUAGGUUUUGGUGUGCUGCUGGCGUGGCUGCUGCUGUUUCACCUGCUGGUGAACAUCUGGCUCCUGUGCGUGUUCACCAGCCUGCUGCUGGUGCUGGGAGGCUGGUUCGGCUCGCAGGCCAUCCUGGAGUCCAACAGCCUGAUCCACCUGGAACGGUUCAUCCCACUGGAACAGGUUCAGACGUCUGCAGAAGAUGAACAGCGUUUGGACCAAGAGAUCCACAACACCGUGGGAAAAAUCGUAAAGGAUUUCGUCACCUCGUGGUACUCGACUGUGUCCUCACAGAGCUGCUUUCAAACAGAUGUUCAGGAAGCCAUGAUCUCCGUGGCCAUGGAGCUCAAACAGCGUGCGAGACGUGUCGACCAGCUGGAAGUGACAGAAAAAGUGCUGAACCUGCUGGGCAGCCAUGUGCAGGACUACCUCAGAGCCAAGGAGCUGGUGACAGGAACAUGUCAGAAGGACAGUGAGCAGCUGUGGAAAGCAUAUUCCAGCCUCAGCAGCCCUCACCUGGUCAUGAGCAGCGAUGCAGCAGAGCUGAACUACGUCAGAGCUGUUGUUGACGUGUUGCUCCAUGUUCUGGUUCCAUCACCUCAUUUAGAAACCCACACAGGACGCUUUGUUGUUGGAGAGCUCAUCACCUGCAAUGUUCUUCUCCCUUUUGUUGAUAAACUGUCUGACCCUGACUGGUUGAACCUCCUGAUAAUUGAAAUCCUUGGUAAGUCCAGCACAGCACAGGAAAACACAACAACAGAGACACAAUCCUUACUUUCACAACCUUCUGAGACAGAGACAGCUUUCCCCCAAGAGGUAGCACAUGUGCCUCAGACAGAUGAUGAAGUUCCUCUUCAAAGAGCAGAGGUUAAUCACACAGAUGUAGCUCCUGACCUCCCUGCCUGUGAUGGGACUGACUCUGAGGACGUGGACUUUCCACAGACGUUUGCUGAAGAAGAUGAAUCCACUGAGCCGUAUUUAAGACACUAUAUAAGAGCAGGAAAGAUGAACCCAUUUUAUCAGGAAAAUGAUUCUGACCUGGACUCUCCGUUGGCUGACUACAAGCAAAGUUCUCCUGAUUCGCUGCUCAUGGUGGCUCAAGAAGAGAGAGACUGUGCCUCAACUGCUGAGAGCAACAACUGGUUGGACUCAGAAGAUGUUUGCUCCAGUCCAGUGGAUGGCUCAUGCCCUAAAGUCUUGGUCAGUUCAGUGCUCGUUGAGCAUCCUAAUGAUAGUGGCAUCUCAUCGGUUAGGACAGCAGAGGGGCUUUACAGUAUCAGUAGUCUCCAGGACCUGGACAGAGACAGCAGUUCUUCUGCAGUCAACCCAAACAGAGAGCUUCUUCUGGGCGUAGACCAUGCCAAUGAGCUGGCCAUCACCAGUCCACUGCAGGGCUGCUCUCCCCUGUCCACGUUUAGUUUUGAGCCCCUCAGCAGCCCCGAAGGACCGGUCAUCAUCCAGAACCUCCGCAUCACCGGCACCAUCACUGCCAAGGAGCACCGUGGCACCGGCUCACACCCAUACACACUUUAUACCAUCAAGUAUGAAACAUCAGUGGGUUGUGAUGAUUUCGAGGCAGCAGGCGGUGAGACUCCACCAUCCAUCCAGCCUGUAGCCUAUCACAUGGUCAACAGACGGUACAGUGAGUUCCUCAACCUGCAGACUCGCCUCGAAGAAAAAACUGAUCUGAGAAAACUCAUCAAGGGUGUGAAAGGUCCAAAGAAAUUAUUUCCCGACAUGCCGUUUGGAAACAUGGACAGUGAGAAAAUCGAGGCCAGGAAAGGGCUGCUUGAGACCUUCCUAAAGCAUCUAUGUGCCAUCCCAGAAAUAGCCAACAGUGAGGAGAUGCAGGAGUUCCUUGCUCUGAAUACAGAUGCCAGGAUUGCCUUUGUGAAGAAGCCUUUCAUUGUGUCACGUAUAGAUAAGAUUGUGGUGAAUGCCAUUGUGGGGACUCUGAAGACUGCAUUUCCUCGUUCAGAACCACAGAGCCCCACAGAGGAGAAUGAAGGAGAAACAGAUGGAGCCAAAAUAAGUAUGGAUAAGAAAAGCAAGUCUCGGCUGAAACUCAAUAGUAAAAAUGUCCCUUUUUUGAAUGGCUCAGACAUAAGACCACCUGUUUUGUUUGAUUGUGACCAAAACAACACAGUGAUGAAUGGGAUGUCUCUGGGAGAUCUACAGACCUUCAUCACAGAACAGGAAAAGCUGUCAGUUGGAAAGAUAGCAGAGAGGGAGGACAUUUUAGAUUUAGAACAACAUGUGGGCUUCAUGGAUCCUGACAUGGCAGCAAAUCAGAGUCAGGAACACGAUGGCUUGAUGUAAGUGUAUUCAACCUGACCAGUACCAGGUACUGGGUGGUGUACCUGCAGGUCAUACAGGAAGCUGUGUGGCCAGGAGGAUGUUUGCCGACCGCCCCUCCACUGAAACGCAGCCAGCAGCAGAAGGACUGCACCAGGCAGCAGGCUUUAGACUGCCUGAUGAACCUGUUACCAGAUUUGGUGUCUGACAUGUUGGGUUCAGAGAAGUACAAACAGAGCUGGCAGACUGCCCUGGACUCGUUUCAGAACCCCUACAUUAACAGGCACUUGGUCUACUGCUUAUUUGAUCUUCUGUUGGACUUCCUGGUUCCUGAAUUAGCAGAGGAGAGCUUCCAGAGGAGCCUUCUGCAGAGCCUCUAUAAGAACCCAGAGAAGCUGAUGGGCUGAGGAGACGAGUCAGAAUCACACAUCCAGACACAGUUUCACCUGGAUUACUGAGAUGCAUCAGGACAUCCAGACACAGUGUUUGUCUUCCUUCAUCCAAGCUGAGGUUUUUACUGUUAAUGAAGACAAACAGUGCAGACUGCAGCCAGGCUGCUGCUCUACUGAUACAAGUAGAGGCUUACCAGAGUCACUAUGUCCUGUACAGUGUCAUACUUUAAACUCACACACACACACACACACACACACACACACACACACACACACACACACAC